ACUGCUACCACUACUACUACUACGCCGCUCUGAUUCUCAACUCAACCGCUGCAUCAGGAUCGAUCCACAAGGAACAUUCUCAUAACUUGCACUGCGGCUGCAUUGAGUUCGCAUCUGGGGUAGUUCGUGGGUGUGAGUGUUUGUGUCUGUGUUUCACACUCGUUGUUGGCGGUGUAGAGUUCCAGGUCCUGCAGUCAUGGCCGCAAUCGCUUCCACCGCGAUCACUACCGUGGCGAUUGCUUCGCCGUCCUCCGUCGCAGUGUCCCGGCCCCGCGCUGCCGCUUCCUUGGCGAUCUCUGGCUUCCAGGGACAGAAGCUGGCAUCCGUUUGCAAUGGUGGCCGUGUGACGAUGGCUCAAGCUGGAGCUGUCCCUGAUGGCGUCGCUGAUCGCAAACCCGAUGCGAAAGAGGCCCCGAAAGGCUUCACUCCUCCAACCCUGAACGCCGACACCCCUGCACCGAUUUUCGGUGGGAGCACGGGUGGUCUACUGCGCAAGGCCCAAGUCGAAGAGUUUUACGUCAUCACCUGGGAAUCUCCCAAGGAGCAGAUCUUCGAAAUGCCCACCGGUGGCGCUGCGAUCAUGAGGUCCGGACCCAACUUACUUAAGCUGGCCAGGAAGGAGCAGUGUCUUGCACUCGGCGCCAGGCUGAGGACUAAGUUCAAAAUUCAGUACCAAUUCUACCGUGUUUUCCCCAAUGGCGAGGUGCAGUACCUCCACCCCAAGGACGGAGUCUACCCAGAGAAGGUGAACGCUGGAAGAUCACCCGUCGGAGUGAACAACAGGAGCAUUGGAAAGAAUGCUAACCCUGCAGAGCUCAAGUUUGCCCACAAGCAAGCCUACGAUUUGUAGACGCAGGGUUUCCUUCGCACUGCAAGUUAAUGAAUGUAAAGUAGUUUCAUACACCACGAGAGGUUGUUCAGCACAUCUCGUGGUUUUUGAGAGGUUUGCGGUUGGUGUUUAUUCCGACAUGUAAAACGACUUUGGUAGAGUUGUUCUUGUAUAUCUUGUGAGAGCAGCUCACCACAUGAGAAUGUAUGAUCUACCAGGUUUAGAGUCAGGUGCACGAAAAGCUAGUGUUAACUGUCUAGCUUCCUCAUCUUGAUUAGGUGACAAGAAUAGCUACUAAAAGCUACUUCAGACGAAUGUCGAAAUCGAAAUCCCUUUCAAUGCCGAGAAGACCCGAGAUGUAGAAAAUGUAAACACUCUCAAAUUUCCUCGCUAUCA